AUGAUUUCUCAGCAGCCUGACCAUGUGCGGCAGCGGCGCACAUGUCACGCCGUCAUGUGACCGAAAGUCAUUUGCUGUUUUCCCAUUCACAGGACGGAACCACGUCAUUAUACCUCAUGGCACUCCUGGCCAUGGACGAAAAGCAGAUCCGACGACGGCUGCAAUGCAAGAUGAACAUGCGCAGCCACCGUGAUCGCCGGAAGCGGUCUACACAGCAACUUGAAGCCACGAUCGAGCAGCUCCGUCGGGAAGUGGAACGGGCACAGCGUCAAUUAGCCCUCUAUCGAACGAUUCCGUCGCCGUCCGACGGCCCCAUUGCGAUUGUCAUGGAGUAUACAAACUUGUUCAGCUACCGCGUGUGCGGAGACGCUCAAGUCAGAUUCCUCCGCGCAUGCUUCUCGCCCCGUUUCACGUCGAACGGCACGUCCCUUGAAGGAUUCAUUGCGUUCUGGCAGAAGGCAGCCCCGGUGUACGCCACCCCGAGCAACAUCCUGACCAUCCGGCCCAUCGACAAUGACCAGAUUGAGAUGCAAGUCCAGCUUGAAACUCGCAUAACGCGGGAUAUCUUGGGCAGGGUCAUGGACUUUGUCCUGGAAGAUGAAGAUGAAGCGACGGUCGACGCCCUCGUCGCCACCAAUGCGACGAUCCGGCACGUGCUCACACGAACGUUUUACUUCGAUACAGACGACUCGACGGGGCAGGCGCUAGUCUCGCACUCGGUAGCAUUUGACGAUCGGUAUGUUCAGAUUGCGCAGCUCCUUGCGUCUGCGCGCAAGAAAUUCCAGGGCCACGAUUCGACUGUAGCUUCGUGAAGGACUAAUUUAAAUCAUUCGUGUUGCCUUGCUUGCUGCGCGUUCAUGAUGUGGCACGUGCUUAUCAACGAGUGUCGUCUCCCGUCGACAAAUUGCGUGGCAGGUUCGGCCAGCCAGUCCGAAUGGUUCCAGGGUAGCAACGUCGUCUUUGUGUUCCGGUGGCGACAGGAACAAUGUCUUCUUGGCCAAUGUUCAUGCGCAGAGAGUCCAUCCACCACCACACACCGCCAUCCUGAGCAGUCGGAUUCCCAACGGACGGUCGCA